AUGCAUGUGGUGUGGCUCAAGCCGGGACCCCCCAGCUUCCUGGUCCUCUGGACUCCACUCUUUCUACUGCUGCGCUCCAUCCUGGCCGACUUCACCCUGGAUAACGAGGUGCACUCCAGCUUCAUCCACAGGAGGCUCCGCAGCCAGGAGCGCCGGGAGAUGCAACGAGAAAUCCUCUCCAUCCUGGGCUUGCCCCACCGGCCCAGGCCCCACCUCCAUGGCAAACAGAACUCAGCCCCCAUGUUCAUGCUGGAUCUCUACAAUGCCAUGUCAGUGGAAGAGGAGGGCGGCGGAGAGGAGGGCCAAGGUUUCUCUUACCCCUACAAGCCCAUCUUCAGCACCCAGGGUCCUCCGCUGGCCAGUUUGCAGGACAGUAACUUUCUAACUGAUGCGGAUAUGGUCAUGAGCUUCGUCAACCUGG